AUAAAUGGAAGAAUAUUUCAUUACACGAUUCAGUUCAGUUUUAGACAGAAUAUAAACUUGGAGUUCAAGUUAAAGAACAUUCGGAUUAAAGUAUGUUGGAUUACUUAAUUUUGUUGAUUUAUGUUGCGUUCCUUUAUCAAAUAAAUGCACACGCUGAGAACGAUAAAAAUCUUUCCCAAGAGUCAAAUGAAAUGUAUGCCUAUCGUGUAGAAGAAAUUUCCCCAGCAAAGCAAAAAAAUAUAAACAACAAAAUGAUAUCUGAAGAUAAACAGGAAGAUAGUUAUAAUUCCCGAACCCUAAAGUUUUUUCCAAUCGUAGUUGUGAGAAAUAGCGAAGAUACCACUGCUGCACCAAAUAACACGAUGGACGCUUUGACACGAUUGGCAAACCUCAAAAGAAACGCCAUUUUCGGCUAUUUGCGAAUUUUCGGAAUCAAUCGUACUUAAUGAGAGAGUUUCAUUGAAAAAAAAAAUGCUUAGUAUAAAUAUUCUUGUAAAUAAAUCAUAAUUAAAGUCAUAUGUUUUUCAAUCGUCUGUGAUGAAUAUUUUCUCGUGCAUUGUUAUGUAUAUACUUUUUAAAUUAAGUAAAUCUUGGUUGGUUGGUGGUUGGUUCUAAUGCCACUUGCCACACGGGCAAGCCCGCUUGGUGAAACUGAGCAGCAAAUUUAAGACAGAGUGUGCGAUUCUUGUUUUUCAGUGGCGCCGUCUAUGGCCAAGAAUUCGACUUCGCCACAUCAUACGUCAC